AUUAUUUUCUUAAAGGGAUCUUUUUUCAGAUUUUUUCCAGCUUUGUUGAACCAAGUGGUUCGACAACCUUUUGAUACACUCAAAGUCUGCAUACCAGCUAUGGUGUACAUUGUUCAAAAUAAUUUGUUCUAUGUUGCUGCGUCACAUCUGGAUGCUGCUACAUUUAUGAUCACUUCGCAGCUGAAAAUCUUCACUGCAGCUAUCUUCACGGUCAUCAUAUUGAAGCGUUCAUUGACGCGGACGCAGUGGUUUGCCCUUGCUAUACUCUUCGUUGGUGUGUCCUUGGUGCAGUUGCAAACCUCCAAAACGGAUUCGUCCGGUAUGGCAGGCCAACGGCCCUUUAUAGGCUUUCUUGCUGUGGUGAUCGCUUGCUGUCUAUCAGGAUUUGCUGGCAUUUACUUUGAAAAAAUCCUCAAAGGCUCUGCACCCGUCUCUUUAUGGAUGCGAAACAUUCAAAUGUGUGUCUUCGCGAUUCCAGCGUCAUUCGGAGGUGUCAUGUGGCAGGAUGGUAAAGUUGUUAUGGAGCAUGGGCUUCUAUACGGAUUUGACUGGGUCGUGUGGCUGACGGUGUUAUGGUACUGCGUGGGAGGUAUGGUUAUACAAUUUGAAAAUUUGUCGUAG